AGUGAGAAAUAAAGAAUUUGAUUCCAUUUUCAAGUGUCUGCGAGUGCUAGCAUUAAAGGAUUCAAGUCUCAAGAGUUGUUCCUCAAUCUGAAAACGCUGAGGUAGUGGAUAUGAAUCCAGAUGUGGUCCAAGAAAAUUCAGAUAACCAAACAAAUCACUUGGCACUAAAGAUCGAGGAAGAUUCGAAUCGCCAAUUAGGAAAUGCUUCAGGUAACCAACCAAGCUCUGAGCCACAGUAUGUGAACCCAAUUGAGGCCGAGGAAGAUCCUGGUACCCAACUAAACAGCAAGCUGUACUAUCGAGCAACAAAAGGUGAUUUCCAUGCUUUUGAGGAGCACGCAGGCCCUCUCACGCAACUGGUGACGCGAGUCGAUGAGAACACAAUCUUGCAUAUUUGCAUAACAGCUGCCACACCUUACUACCGAAGGAAAACAGACGGAACUGAGAACAAUGAUUCAGUUCACUUUGUGAACGAGGCUCUUGUAAAGUGCGAAGAACUGUUAUGGCAGCCCAAUAAAAAGCGUGAAACAAUACUUCACAUUGCAGCUAGGCACGGGCAUCACGAUAUUGUGCUAGCCCUCCUAACUAAAGAUGAAGAAGCUCGCCAAAACGACCAAGCAGUUGACAGACCACAGCCCCUGUUGGAGAUGACAAAUGAAGUGGGAGACACGGCCUUACAUGAGGCUGUGCGCUAUACUCACCUCCAAGUGGUGAAGUUAUUGAUCAGUGAAGACCGUAAUUACCAAUAUGGUCAAAAUAAUGAUGGUGAGACUCCACUAUACAUAGCUGCAGAAAUGGGAGAUAGCGACGUUGUAGAGGAGAUAUUAAAAUGUGAAUCACCAGCUUGCGAUGGCCCGCAUGGAAGAACUGCUCUCCAUGCUGCAGUUCUUUGCAACAAUUAUGAGAUCGUGAAAAAAUUAUGUCGAAAGUUCAAAAAACGGAUUACCAGAAAAGCCGACAACUCAGGGUGGACUCCACUUCACUUUGCUGCACAAGAAGGCUUCGCUUCAAUUGUUAAAUUGUUACUGAAAAAGGAUAAAAAUGCAGCUUACAUGGCUGACAAAGAAGAAGAGAAGACAGCUCUUCAUGUUGCAGCUAGUAAAGGGAAAGCAAAAGUGGUAGAGGAACUUAUGUUAGCUUGUCCAGAUUGCUUUGAGCAAGUUGACAAGAAUGGACAGAAUGCCCUUCACUUUGCGGUAAAGGCCAAUAGAAAUAUGCAUGAUCAUACUCUUAAAUUGAUUCUACAUAAUGAAUGCUUCAGCAACCUUAUAAACGCAAAGGAUGGCAGUGGUAAUACGCCGCUCCAUUAUUUGGCUAAUUCUAAUUUUCCCUUGGCACUGGAUCUCCUUUUUCAUCCAAAAUUGAAUGCACGAGUAUUCAACAAAAAAAACUUGUCUCCUCUAGAAGUUAUCAUACCUCCAGCGCCUGCAUACUCAUUUUCGACGAUUGUCACUGCAGCUGCUUUGAGGCGUGUUGGCAACACACCCAGUCGACAAAUCAAAGACGAAGAUGAAGGCAAGGAAGGAGGGGGAAUUGAAGAUCAGACUGAAAUAAGGAAAGAUGGAUUAGGCCAGGAAACAAAGGACGUACGCAAUAAGGCCAAAAACAGAAGAGAGUAUUUAGAAAAGCAUCGAAAAGAUGUCGGUUUAUUGAUAUCAAUUCUCAUAGCAACAGUUACCUUUGCGGCUGGUUUCACCUACCCGGGUGGCUAUACAAGUGACAACAGUUCCAAUCAAGCAGGUUAUCCAGUUCUUAUAAGAAAGCCAGCUUUCAUAGUGUUUGUUUUUUCAAAUGCGAUUGCCUUUGUACUCUCCAGUUCUGGUGUAUUCAUUCAUCUGUUUUGGAUACUGUAUGAGGGCAGGAGCGUGGUUGCUUCAAACACGGCCCAUAACUGCAAUUUGUUCGCCCUGAUUGCAAUGGUGGUUGCAUUUGUUUCAGGGACGUGUGCAGUUUUAAGUCCAAAUCCUUCCCUUGUUGCUGAUAUUUGCAUCCUUUCUGCGCCUCUUUUCGUCUUCACAUGUUUCUCUGAAAUUGUUGUAGCUCUACAUUUCUUCAAAUCGAUGAACGUGAAAGCUGCAGCACGCAGAAGACUUUUGUCAGAAAAAGUUUGAGCAAGCAAGGAAAAUAGGAAAUGGUCCUGUUUAAACAGCGCGUGCUAAUUAAGACGGAAUUCCAUUCCUGCUAGCAACAUUUCUAUCCUCUCUAUUUCUUCCUUAGAAGAGUCCAGAGACCUGAUAAUGAAAGAGAGUAAUUUUUUUCUGUUUUUUUAGUAUUGCUUUGUGUAAUUUAUUCUAGGAAUUUUUUUUAAAACAAGUCAUAUGCUUCUACUUCUCAUAUUCAUAUGUUAAUAAGUCAUUUUACUCAUG